CAGGCCUCCGGGUUACUGGAGGGACCCUGGGAGUGCGCGACGCACCCUCGCCCUCCACCCGGAAAGGUGCUGUGGUGAUUGCGUCCUUGACCUGUUCAUCUAGCCGGCAGGCCCGGCAAGUGGCGCCAGAACGAGGGACGUGGGCGGAUCCCACCGCACAGCCACCCAAAAAUAUUGAAAGUGAUCCCGGGAGAAAGCCUCACCUAUUCAGGCACUGACCAGGACUACUUGGAUGCACUUGACCAUCUCCUAGGAGACUUGAAUGAGACAGAGUUUCUAUAAGCAAACAAACGAACAGUUCUCUCUUGUUUGGAGCAAUGCUGAAGUUCCAAGAGGCUGCUAAGUGUGUGAGUGGAUCAAUAGCUGUUUCCACAUGUCCAAAGCCCUUGAUCGCAAGAAGAUACAUGCUUCAACAGAAACUUGGCAGUGGAAGUUUUGGAACCGUCUAUCUGGUGUCAGACAAGAAAGCCAAACAAGGAGAAGAAUUAAAGGUACUGAAGGAAAUCUGUAUUGGAGAACUCAAUCCAAAUGAGACUGUGCAGGCCACUUUGGAGGCCCAGCUCCUUUCCAAGCUGAAUCACCCAGCUAUUGUCAAGUUCCAUGCAAACUUUGUGGAGCAGGAUAAGUUCUGCAUUAUCACAGAGUAUUGUGAGGGUCGAGAUCUGGACUGUAAAAUUCAAGAAUAUAAAGAAGUUGGAAAAACCUUUCCAGAGAGUCAGAUAAUAGAAUGGUUUAUCCAGCUGUUGCUGGGAGUUGAUUACAUGCAUGAAAGGAAGAUACUUCAUCGAGAUUUGAAAUCAAAGAAUAUAUUUCUGAAAAAUAAUAAACUUAAAAUUGGGGAUUUUGGAGUUUCUCGACUCCUAAUAGGAUCCUGUGAUCUAGCCACCACUUUAACUGGAACUCCCCAUUAUAUGAGCCCGGAGGCUCUGAAACACCAAGGCUACGACACAAAGUCGGAUAUCUGGUCCCUGGCAUGCAUUUUGUAUGAGAUGUGCUGCAUGAAUCAUGCAUUCACUGGCUCCAAUUUCUUAUCCAUUGUUUUAAAAAUUGUUGAAGGAGACACUCCUUCUCUCCCUGAGAGAUACCCAAGACAGCUGAAUGCUAUUAUGGAAAGCAUGUUGAACAAGAGUCCUUCAUUGAGACCAUCUGCAAUAGAAAUUCUAAAACUUCCUUACAUUGAUGAACAACUACAGAUUAGACAUUCUGAUGCAGAGAAUCUGCCUUCAGUGGACCUGAUGUGUCGAUAUUCGGAAAUGGCCCUGGAAGACAAGAAUUUGAAUAGUCAGGAGGAAGCAGCUUAUAUAAUUAAUGCUGUGCAAAAAAAGAUUCACCUGCAGACCCUACGAGCACUGUCUGAGGUGCAGAAGAUGACACCAAGAGAGAGGAUGCGGGUGAGGAAGGUCCAGGCAGCUGAUGAGGAGGCCAGGAAGCUGAAAAAGCUUGUGGAAGAAAAAUAUGAAGAAAACAACAAACGGAUGCAGGAACUGAGAUCUCGGAACUUCCAGCGGCAGACUGUGGAUGUGCUCCACGAAUUUGAUGACCCAGCUUCAGACAACCUGCCUGAGUCUCAGCCCAUUCCUUCCCUGGAUCUCCGCACACUUGGGUCAAAUGUGGAGGACACCAUAGCUGACCUUGGAGAUCAUGAGAUCCCAGAAGACCCGCUUGUGGCUGAAGAGUAUUAUGUUGAUGUAUUUGAUUCCUUUUCUGAAGAAAGUGAGGAGAGUGAGGAAGAAAAAACAGUAUUCUCAGUCAGGGAUGAAGAGGUUGAGGAUGAAGGACCCCAGCCUGUUUACAGGACAAACCAACAGGACAGUGAUAUUGAAGCUCUGGCCAGGUGUUUGGAGCAUGUGCUGGGCUGCACCACUCUAGAUGCAAGGACUGCCACCAGCUCAGCUCCAGACACACCCUCAGAACCAACAAUUUUCAACAGUGCGAUGGCCAGGACCAGGAUGAAACACAUGCGGGAAUCCGCUGUGCAGAAGCUGGGAGCGGAGGUGUUUGAGGAGGUCUACAGCUACCUCAAGAGAGCAAGGCAGCAGGGAGCCAGCGAGGCAGAGGUCUGGGCAGCUCUGGAAAGAGUGGUGCCUCGAGUCAGCGACUGUUUUGAGGUUGACCAACUACUCUACUUUGAGGAGCAGUUGCUGAUCACCAGGGCAGAAGGGGUCACUCUUCCCCAGAACCAUCAUGAAGCAACUGUCAGAAACAAGCGGGUCCCAGUGGACAAGGCGCCCGUGAAAAUCUCUCAGCACUGUCGCUGACCUCUGUUCUGGGACGUGGGUGCAGAGCAGCCGUCUCUACCUUCAAUCCCUUGUCAAUCUCCUUCAGAGAGUAGUAAACCUGGGCCGCAGUGUGGUCAGGUCUAUACUGUGAGACAGGCAUUUGGAUCAGGUUGUCUUCCUGAAGAGUAGUCCUGCUCUGGUGCCUUUGGGCCUCCAGCAGGGUUGGCUCACCCUGGCUUUGGCCUGGGAGAGGCCACGUGCUCUUCACAUUUCCACUCAGUGCCGACUGCUCUGAGUCUCCAGGGACUGUGGGCCGCCUGCUCCUGAGGGGGGUUGGUCCCCAGCCUCUGACAUGCUGAGUUGCUUUUCAGGGGCCAGAUGUACCUGUCUCAGGUUACCUGCUUUUGGCUCACUUUACCCUUGAAUGCCUAACAAGCAAGAAGUGCGUAUGUGUAAGGACAGAGUGAAUCCUUUCUGUGAUGUAUUCCCCAAACUCAUCCAAGGAGUAUUAAAGACUUUUAU